CUCGUCUGUACGGCGCCUGUUGAUGACGCAAUCACCAAUGGACAGUGUUGUCGUUGUUGAAAUGUUGAAAGUGGUUGUCUUUGCAUUUGGUUCGUUUUGAGUUCUUUGUCGUAUUUUGACCACAAACAUUUAGAAUGGCUGACUACUGGAAGUCACAACCCAGGAAAUUCUGCCAGUACUGUAAGUGCUGGAUUGCAGACAAUAAGCCUAGCAUCGAGUUCCACGAAAGAGGGAAGAACCACAAAGAAAAUGUGGCUGCCAAGAUUACCGAGAUUAAAAAGAAAAGCGUCGAAAAGGCAAAGAAGGAGGAACGCAUGUCGAAAGAGUUUGCGGCGAUGGAGGAGGCUGCGCUGAAGGCAUAUCAGGAAGAUCUGAAGAGGAUGGAAAGAGAGUCUGAAGGAUCUAGUUCUCCAGUCCAAGCAACACCGCAGCCAAAACCUCAGCCGAAACCACAACUGAAACCGCAGCCGAAGAAACGGCAAAAGAAAGAAGCAAAAGCGAAGAAGAAGCCCAGAGAGCAAAUGGAGAUGCAGGUUUGGGUUGAAGGACUGUCAGAUGACGGACACACGUAUUACUACAACACAGUAACUGGAGAAUCUCAGUGGGAAAAACCACAGGGUUUCCAGGGACAGAGUUCGGCCUCCGUACAGUCUGAACAACCUGGGAGUUCUUCAGGCUGUGCUUGGAUGGAAGCUGUCAGUCCUGAUGGUUUUACAUAUUACUACAACACAGAAACUGGAGAGUCCAGCUGGGAGAAACCAGCAGACUUUCCUUCCAUUGAGCCACCAGGAACCAGCUCUGUGUCCAACGUAGAGUCAGAGAGUCAGGAGGGGAGUCAGGAGGAGCCUUUGACCCCUCAGCCGGAGCCUCUCUCUGGAGGGGAGGACAGCUCCAACGGGGCACCAGCAUCUCAGGAGGCUGAAGUUCCUGAACAAACCAGCCAGCAGCCCAAAGUCCCAAAGAUCAGCUUCAGGAAAAGGAAAGCAGAGGCAGAACCUUCAGAAAAAGAGGAAGAAGAUAAAGCCGGUGAUGAUGCUCCUAAAGAGGAAGAGAAUGAGACGAAGAAAGAGGAAGAGGUUCAAAGCACAGCAGCUGAACCUGAGAAGACAGAAGAACGGCCGAAACAAAGGGAGGUGCAAGCCAAAAGGCCGAAAACUGCAAAUCCAUACGGGUCUUGGGAGAAGAUCCAGCAGGAGGAGGAUCCGUAUGCAAGCGUGGACUUACAGCUGCCCCAGGUGGAGGGAAACUCGGCCAGCGCUCCAGCCGAUCUGCCACCGGAGCCGAAGCCCAAGUUCAAGGAACGCAUCAUCACCUCGCUCGGAGAGGAAGGCGGACCUGCUUCAUUCAGGAAAAACAAAACGCAGAACGGCAAAUCCAGGAGCCUCCGACAGAGAGACGACGACGACUGACCACAGCACUGAAAAACCUGAAGCCAGAAUGCAGCAGAAUGAGACUUUUACACAUUUUGAUGCACCGUUUGAUCUUCAAAGAUGCACAGGUGUUAACAUUUUUAGGACAAAUUGCCAGGAGAAACUUUUAAAACCUAAGAAAAAAAGUAUGUUUCUUUAAAAUGUUUUUUUCUAACUCCAGAAUAAUCUACCACAGACACAAUCAGUGUCGUUUUUUUGUCCAGAUCUGUGUCUAGAGUCGGGUGUUGGAACAGCAUCUGACUGUGAUAACUUUGAAAAUGUGCAGACAUUUCUUCCCGUAGUCUGGCAGACGCAGGUGUGACUAUACGAAGCGAUUCAAAUGAGUUUUUGUAUUCUUUAACUAUUUUUUUAAAAAGUGUAAAAGCUAUUUGUUGAAACAGAACUGCAAUAUUUGUCAGCUGAAGUGAAUGUUUGUUGGACGCUGUGUGGAUAGAAGUGAUUAAAAAGAUGGAAAAAUGUGAUCGGAAUAAAUGAUUAGUGGUCAGAUACUGAAAACACAA